AUGUUUUCUGGAAUUUAUCAAAUCUUUGCACCAUUUGGAGGAAUUAAUGUUAUUCUGAUAGGUGAUCUUGCUCAACUUCCCCCAAUAAAUGGACAUCCUGUAUACAAAUCUCCUAUUUGGAAAGUUUUCUACCCAAUUUUUCUUCGUCACUCUCAUCACCAACAAAAUGAUCCAUUUUUCUAUAAUGUCUUGCAAAAGAUAAGACUUGGAAACAAAACACCAUCUGUUUGGCAAUUUUUACAAGAAAAAGCUAAUCAAAGUCUUUCUUUAGAAAUGUCUUCAUUGCACACAAGCUAUAUUGUUGGUGGAAUCUAUAGAAUGAUUCUCUUGGGUGUCUUCUACCUUCCUCGUAGCCAUCAUGAUUUUGGUGUUUUCCAAAGAACAAUUGAAUUAUUAACUCAAUUCAAAGUGAUUGUUAAUCAAACAUCUGAAAUAUGCAUCCAGAGCUUAAGAGGGCUGCAAGAUACAAGAUGUACAAAACAUGAUGGUUCCACUGUUCUUUCCGAAAUUGUGAAAAAUAAUGAAUCUUCUUCUAAAUCACCACCUCAUGAAAGGAUGACAAGAUCUUCAUAUCAUUCUCCAAUCAAAAUUCCGCUCUUUUAA